CUCGCAUGAUGCAUGCACACAAGAGGGCGAGCGAAGUGCCCCGCAACUGUGGGAGCGGCCCACUUCCCUGACACUCCCCGUCAUGCGCUCAAUAUCCGAGGCCGACCUCGUCGACCUGCACGGCAAGGUGGCUCUCGUGACCGGUGGAAACACCGGAAUCGGCUAUGCCACCAUCCAGAUGCUGGCGCGCAAGGGGGCCAAGGUCUACAUGGGCGCGCGGGACCAAGAACGAGCGGAAGCUGCGAUACAGCAGCUCGAGGCCGAGGGGAUCUCGGACGGGAGUGUGCACUGGCUGAAACUCGACCUUUCCGACGUUCGCAGAGUGCGAGAAGCUGUGGCGAGCUUCUGCAAGAAAGAAGAGCGGUUGGAUGUACUCGUGAACAACGCGGCCAAGACGUUCCCGGGGCCUUAUCGAGUGAACGAUGAUGGGUUUCUGGAUAUCAUGGCUGUCAAUCAUAUCGGGCACUUUGCGCUGACACAAGGGCUGCUUCCGCUCAUGAUUGAGACAGCCAAGCGGCCGAACUCCGACGUCCGGAUCGUCAAUGUAUCCUCUGUCGCGCACACCCAAGUCAAGCCGACGACAUUCGCGACAAGAGAUGCUUUGAACAAAAACUACGGAGACUCCGUCAUGGGCACUCUCAACACAUAUGGGAACACGAAACUGGCCAACAUCCUGCACAUGAAGGAGCUUCAAAAACGGCUCGCCGCCGAUUCGGUCCCCAUCACGUGCAUCUCGGUCCAUCCAGGGAGUGUGAAAACCACCGGGUCUGAUCAUUUCCUGGGCGCGGUGCCCUGCCUCGGAUGGCUGUUCCGAGACUACAUCGGUCCCCUCUUCUUCGGACCCUGGCGCAACGGCGCGAUACCGGUCGUGUUUGCUGCCGCGGGCGCGAAGGUCGUGGAGGAUAAUGAUAAAUACCGCGGCGCUUACCUGAUCCCGCCGGCCGCGCUGAGUCAACCGUCGAAGUACGCACUUGACGAGCGGCUGCAGAAAGAGCUGUUCGAUACGACGGAGACGAUUUUGACCGAGUUGAACUAG